AUGGAAUUAAAUUUGGCCACAGACGUGAAAAACACCAAAAGGGGCUUCUACAAAUGCAUAGGUGACAACAGGAAGACUAUGCAAAAUGUGGGCCCAUGGCGCAGCAAGACUGGGGACCUGGUUACACAGGAUAUGGAAAAGGCUGAGAGGGAGUGUGACAGGCUGGAGUACUGGGCUAACAGGAUCCUCAAGAAGUUCAACAAGGAUAAAGAUCUGCAGUUUCACAUUCUGAAGCAAGCUAGAGCUCAAAGUGCAAAAGAAGGUGGCAGCUACAGCGAAGAUGAUAGUCAGAAAGGUCCAAAGUCCCAUCUUGAAAUUCUGGCUGAAAUGCGAGACUACAAAAGGCGGCGGCAGUCCUACAGGGCUAAGAAUGUUCAUAUAACCAAGAAGUCUUACACGGAGGUGAUUCGGGAUGUGAUUGGUGUGCACAUGGAAGAACUCAGCCAUCACUGGCAGGAGGAGAGCAAGUUGGAUAAUGCAGAGAUAUGCGAAGGAGGGAAGCCAAAAUCUUCGGGAAGGGAAGACAGGCGGUCAGCGUCAGUGGACUCACGGCAGUCUGGAGGAAGCUGUAAGGAUACUGAACGCGCCAGGCACAGGAGAGAGAGCAGCAGGAGUCCAAAUAAACGAAAAAGGAGUCGUGAAAGAGGCAAAGACAGAGAUUCUCGGAGAAAAAGAGAGAGGGAUGAAGACAAAUACCACAGCCAUAAAAGAAGAAAGUAG